AUGACUGAGAUUGGAAGUCCAAAAGAAGACACUCCAUCAACAUAUGGACAAAAUGAAGGAAUAAUACCCACAGGACCUAUUGACCUUGAUUCAUCAAUUCCUUCAUCUCCAAAAAAUGAUGAAUCAAUGACAGCAACCCAAUCAAAUGUUGAUAGCGAGAAAACUGAGACAAAGAGAAAACUGACUUCCUUUGUUUGGAAUCAUUUCAAGAAGCAAAAAAUUAAUGGAGUUGACAAAGCUAUUUGCAACUAUUGUAAAAAAAUAUUAGGAGGAUCAAGCAAAAAUGGAACAACACAUUUGCGUGAUCAUUUUAACAUAUGUCCUCUUAGGAAGCAUCGAGAUAUAAAACAAUCAAUCUUAAAUCCAAGUAAGAAGAAGGAUGGAAGUACUUCACUAGCUGCUCACAACUUUGAUCAAGAGUGUUCAAGACACAAACUUGCUAAAAUGAUUGUUUUGCAUGAGUAUCCACUCAAUAUGGUUGAACAUCAUGGAUUUAGAGAUUUUGUCAACUCUCUUCAGCCAUUUUUCAAGAAUGUAUCUCGAAGUACUAUUAGGAGGGAUAUAUUGAAGAUAUAUGAGAAUGAGAAGACCAAGACAAAGAACUCAAUUAGUGACAAUUGUAGUAGAGUUGCAAUCACAACUGACAUGUGGACAUCAAAUAAUCAAAAGAGAGGGUAUAUGGUGGUGACUGCACAUUAUAUUGAUGAUUCAUGGAAUUUGCACAAUCGAAUUAUCAGGUUUAUAUAUGUGCCUGCCCCUCAUACUGCUAAGUUAUUAGCAAAAGUGUUGAUGGAGUGUUUGGUUGAAUGGUCUCUUGAACGUAAGUUGUCUACUCUUACUUGA